CUACAACUACCAGAUUUAUAAUGCUUGCUUUCUCUCAGCAAGUGCUCAAAGCAGGUUUUGUUUUUUCUAAAUUAUUGCCAAGCUGAUAUACCAUGGAGCAAAAAUAACCAAGAGGCUUGUGUGACUAAAAGUUUUAUGGUGCCACAAGACUGGGUUGGGUUGGGUUUUUUUGUGACAACAGAUUUAACAUAGUUACCUUUCUGGAAAUGGAUGCUAUGGAGUAAGACCUGCUGAACUUCUGAGUAAUUGUGUUUAGGAGUGCACUGUAACUCUGUUACAGCAAACAUUUUCUUAAAGAUUAACACAUUGAUUGCGAUGUAAGGCCGGAGUCCGCUUCUGUAGAAGUAUUAUUCAUUGGCAGCUGUACUAGUCUCCUUGCCAAGGAUCUAUUGGAAAACGUGAACAAGUUAAAGAACUGCACGGCUGUGUAACAAUCUGCAUCUCAGACAGACUGAAGCUCCAGAUUUAAGGGAAGCAAAACAGAGCAGUGGGCUGUUUGAGCAGUUGGAUUCAGCUGUUUUGAAAGGAGGCAUUUAAAGCCCAUCUGAUAAUGUCUUCCCCUGAAAUUGCUUCCCUCUCGUGGGGCCGGAUGACGGUCAAAGGCUGUUCCACCACGUAUAAGGACUGCAAAGUGUGGCCGGGAGGCAGUCGCACGUGGGACUGGAGAGAGACAGGAACUGACCAUAUUCCUGGCGUGCAGCCUGCAGAUGUGGAAGAAGUUGUUCAGAAGGGUGCCAAAACAUUAGUGAUUGGACGUGGCAUGAGCGAGGCCUUGCAGGUGCCGUCAUCCACCGUGGACUACCUUAAGAGCCAUGGGAUUGAUGUGCUGGUCCUGCAGACGGAGAAGGCUGUGAAAGAGUACAACGCUCUGGCCUCCAAAGGAGCCAAAGUGGGUGGCGUCUUCCAUUCCACCAGGCUGGUGAAGGCUGUGCUAGAGAGCUAAGGCAUCUCUCCCUUUCCACUGUCCUGUGCUUUUGCGCGAAUAAAAAAGAGCCAUUUUGGUUACCGCAGCCAGAGCCUGCAUGUCUCAGCAUGUGCCAAGUCUUGAAAGCUUUCAAAACAAACCAUGAAAAUUGAAUGUUGCCAGUUUAAAGAUAGGCAACAAUCUUGCACCCCACACAUUCAGGAGUGUGUGCGUAUUCAAAAAGUGUUUGUGAUGCUGAUUGUAAGCUUUCUUGAUGAAACUUGUUUUGAAACAUGGCAUAUAAAUAAAAAGGCAACUCCUA